AUGUCUUUAUCCCAAAGAAGUUUUAGAGAUAGUCCUUUUGCUAGCCAGUACAGUUAUUUGACUUACAGUAUUAAUACAACUUUAAACAAAAGCAGAAAAAUCUUAGAUGAAAGCAGAAAACUAACUCAAUUUCAUCAUCAUAGAAAGUUUUUCCUCAAUAGCCACACGUCUUUAUUUCCUGAUCACACUGACAGAAUCGGGCAAGGAUCACUAUUUAAAACUUUUGAUUCGGCUAUCGACGAUCCCUUAUCUUCUAAACGAGAAAAAUAUAGCAGUAUAAAUAUCCAAGACAAUUAUCCAAGUUAUGACAAUCGAACUUUUUCUACUCUUGGAGAAUCUCCAAGCCUGUCAGAUACUCGAUCUCUACAAAGGAUCGUCGCAGAGCUUAGGCAAGAAAAUUUAAAUCUAAAACGAGAACUGCAAUACUCUAAAAGCAUUACUGAAGAUUUCGAAAAAUUAAAAGGCCUUUAUAAUAAUCUUUAUGAGUCAAAAAACCAAAUUGAACAAAAAUUAGAAGAAGGGUUAAUUUCGAAUAGAAGCACAGGGAAUUUGGAAGAGAAAUAUAAAGAAAUUGAGGAAAAAUAUCUGUAUGAAAUGAGGGUAAACGAAAGACUGAGGGAUGAAAUUAGAGAUAUAAAUCGGAAAGAAAAUGGAGAGAUUGAGGCAGAAGAUUGCUUGAAGAAGAUUAAUACCGUUGAAGAUAAAUUAAGGGAAAGCUUUAAAAGCUGUGAGGAUUUAAAGGAAAAAAUAGGGAUAAGCAAUAAAACAUGUUUGAGGCCGAAAAGGAAAACUUCAAAAAGUUCAAAAUCUCUUAUUAAACCAAACACGAAAAAUGUGAGCAUAAAAACCGGAGGAAAAGUGGCAAAGUCUGCUAAGCUUAUAAAAACUCUCAAAAGAAAAACAAAUGCGAAAUAA